ACUUCCGACCAUCAAAAAUGUUCAACCACAACUUGCUGGUUUAUCGCCACCAACCUUGAAUGAAGCGCAGCAGCAUCCUCCCUCUCGGCGCAGCCUCAUUGGUCGCUGCCGCUCUCCGCCGGCAUUUCAUUGGUCUCACCUGCCGCUGGAUAUUGGGCUGCAUCAUCAGGACCAGUGUCCGGUGAUCCAUCCGGUGGAUGACGGACAGCUGAGGGGCCUCGGACGAGUCACAGCUGAUUCAACAACAGACACCCGGAUAAACCUUCUGAUUUCCGUUUCUGCCGCGUUCACUGACUGUGGUUUCCAGUGUCUGUGAUCUCCGCCUCCCAGUCAGGAGUCCACUGAAAGGCUUCUUCAUGCUGCAAGACAGCUCCAAAGCGUGGAGCAACGGCUCGGAGGCCUACAGCAGCGAUCCUGAGGAAGAGGAGAAGGAGGAGGAGGAGGACAUGGUGUUUGGGGAGAACGAUCAGGACGGCAUGGCAGAGGAAAUGAUGGAUCUGAGCGACCUCCCCUCAUCGCUCUUUGCAUGCAGCGUCCAUGACACUGUGUUCGAGGACGACAUGCACAGGGAGAGGUUCGAAGCAUUGUUCAGGAUCUACGACGAACAGACGACUUUCCAGAUGUUCAAAAGCUUCCGGAGAGUGCGGAUCAACUUCAGCACCCCAGAGGCCGCUGCCCGCGCUCGCAUUGAGCUGCACGAGUCAGAGUUCAAUGGCACGAAGCUGAAACUCUACUUUGCCCAAGUCCAGAAUGGCGACGAGGACAUUGACAAGUCGUACCUGGCCCCUCCCGCACCCGUCAAGCAGUUUCUGAUCUCACCGCCUGCCUCGCCACCUGUGGGCUGGAGCCAGAGCGAGGACGCUACGCCCGUCAUCAACUAUGACCUCCUGUGUGCAGUAGCCAAGCUAGGACCUGGUGAAAAGUAUGAGCUCCACGCGGGCACAGAGUCCACCCCCAGCGUGGUUGUCCACGUGUGCGAGAGCGAGACGGAGGAGGACGAGGCGGCGCGGCCAAAGCAGCAGAUCGUCCAGACCAGACGCCCCGAUGAACCCCCCAAGGUCUUCAACUAGAGAGGCCUCCCCCCCCCCCGACACCGGCGCGGCCGCCGACCGCCCCUUAAACCCGCAACACACCUGCCCUCUCUCUCUUGUCUCUGCACUCACAGAGAGCGUCGACGCCCCUCAUUUCAGUUCAACUACAAGCAAAAACAAACCAACAAACAUUGCUCAAAAACGGUGUUUGUGGGGAGUGUGGCGAUGGAAUGAGGCGGCUUGAAGGGGAUGGAUGAGAAUCACACACACACUCAUCACAUUCUGCGGACAGCGUGGGGAGUGGCGGGCACACUUGCCUCCACCCCACCAACCCCCCUCGUUUUCAGCAACAGGGGUCGAAAUACCUGUCCCAGUGUAGGCACCUGUCACUUAUCACACACACUCAGCUCUCAUCGCGAAUCCUGCUCAGUAGCCUGCUAGUUAAUUAGCCUGUUAGCCGUACCUCUCCCUUACUUUCAGUCAUUUGUUCAGUAACAAAGACAUUUUUCUUUUUUUCUUUUUUAAAAUAAAUUGUGUUUUCACACGUGAUAUAUAUAUAUAUGUGUCUGUGUUUUAUAUAUGUAUAUAUAUACAGUAUAUAUAUAUAUAUAUAUAUAUAUCAAUACAUAUAAACUGCACAUAUGUGUGUCUCUUAUUUUCUUUUCCAUCCAUCUUCAUAUCUGGUUUGUCGCUUCAGCCUGCAUCAAGAUUGAGUGUGUGAUGUUCCCACUCGUCUGCAUGUAUAUAAUAUAUUACAAAAAAAAUACGUACAGAAACACAAACUACUAACAGAAUAUAUCAAGAAAAAGGAACCUAUUUAACGUCACACAGCACGAAGCGCCAUAUGUGACAAACAAAGUUGUAGUGGUUGUUUGACUCCCCCCCCCUCCCCGGCUCGUUUUCGCUUUUUGUCUUCUUUUUUAAUUUUGGAGAGGUGUUGUUUUUUGCUAGACUACUAGAUGUGUAUUCUUACUGUGUAUUUUAUACCCCAACACUUUUGCAUGCUUAGUUAUUUCUGUAGAUGAGGAGCUGAGGUGUGUUUUUUUUGGGUUUUUUUAUUGCUGUUUGUGAUGACAGGGAAAUAAAUGGUGUGACGCUUCUGACGCAAGUGCAUAUCCCCACGCAGAGUUUAAAGUGACGUCUUUUGGGGGGAAAAAAGCCUAAAUGGGUUUUUGUAUGAUUGACGGUUCAGUCUUUGGCUUGAAGGCAAAUUUGCAUUUGUCGCUUUUUGGGGGGAUUUGAUGGAUCAGAGACAGUUAAUCCUCCUCGUUUUCUUCAAGGGGUUUUGGGAUUCUGUUUUUUGGUCUCUGAUUCUGUUUGUUGUAAUUCAUAUCUUCAAUGUUUUGGUUAUGUUGUUUGAUCAAACCCACUUUCUACGUGUCAGGUUUUCUCCUGAAACCUACUGCUUUUUUUGCACUGAGUAUCUCUUGAUAUCUCCAAGCAAUUGCGGGGCCCUCAAACGUCUCCUGCUGUGCGCCUGAUUACUGCGCUGCUUUUCUCUGUAAAUAGCUGGGCGUGGUAUAGACUUGUGGAAAUAGUCCUCUUAGAUUUUGUAGUAUACCUGGAAGCAUUUUGCUGAGAAAAGGGAAUAUUAGGUAGCCUCAUGAGAUAUCAACCAAAGCAUUCACUCACCCCACAUUGUCAUCAAAGCCUAGAGGGAUAUUUCUUACUCAAAGACACUGAUGUAUAUUUGUUAAUCUGAGAGAGAACUCAUAUUUUCCCAACACAACUGCAGUACUCAAUUAUAUUCUUAUUUUAUAUUAAUACUUUUUCCACGGUAUGUUGUUCAGUGGAAACUCGAACAAAUUUCCACUAAAAAGAUCAUGAGCUUCUUACUUCUUUCUUGUUUAACUCUCCCUCCAGUCCUUUAUCAGAUUAUUGUGCUUCGACUACUCAUCUCGUGAAAUCAUUCAGUGCUUCAGAAGCAACAGGAACACGUUUCUAACAGGGAUUUGGGGCGUCAGUGGUGAGUCUAAACCUUGUUUGUCGUUAGGCAGCAUGAAAUCUAACUUUUUUUCUAUAUAACAUAAGUAGACAAAGGUCCAUCUGCAUGUGAGCACUUUAUCGUCAGUGUUUUGUUUGUUUCCGCGACAUAAAAUCUUUCUCGAGACAAAGUAGGAAGCACAUUGCAUUUCUUCUCUGUUUCUCCUCUUGUGUUGUCUCAUUUAUCUCAAGCUGAACACCUGGUUAGCCUUUUCACCAGCAUAUUGCAGUGAGUGAAACACUCCACUUCCUUUUUGCUAGGGUGAACCUUGGAGAAUUUCAGGCCUUUUGGAUCUUUGGACGUGUGCUCCUGAAAGACGCGUAGGGACGCAGCACAGUCACAGGUUUCGAAACGAGGCAGGAAGACAUUGCAGAACAAAAAUUAAUGUCUUUGUUUUCGUGUUUGUCCACAAGAAACUUUACUCUUAUCUUCUGAGAAAGUCAAACAGUUCUUUGAAACUCACCGUGGUGGUAGAGUGCAGUUUUAUUGGCACUACAGUAAAGCUGUCGCGGCUAUCUAAGCAGACGGCAGAUUGGUGGAAGUGCCGAGGUGGAUUAUGAUAAAGAGGAAGCGGUGGGACAGGAGGAAGGACACUUGUGGAGACUUUUUUACUCUGGUCACGAUGUUUAAAACUGGGCGCAUUUUGGUCACAGAUGAUAUGAAGAUGUAUAUUUAUGUACAUAUGCCAAGUCUUUUCUUUUUCUUUUUUGCUGAGGCCAGUCCCGGUGUGCAGUUUGUUAUGGCUUCUCUUUGCAAUGUUGUAAUGGAAAAAAAAAAAUACAAAAAUGUGUAACAAUAAGUCCUGAAGAUGCUCGUUCCAAACCAACUGUCAUUGUGUUGUGUUCAACAGUUCAACGAGGACUCUAUUGGGGAUCGUCUACUGAAAAGGUCAAUGAUACAGUUUGUCACUGUUGCUCUGUUUCUGUCGAAAUAUGAAUAUUGUAUCUUGUAUUGUAGAAAUCCAGAAAACAACGUAGCAAAACAAGCAAUAAUUUACAGUUGUAUAAUACCGUUGUCUGUAUUUUCAUGUUCUGUACUUACUUCUCGGAGAUGGUCUCUGUCUCUUACAGUAUCUGCUUCUAUUUGUGUAGUAUAAUAGUCCUUUGUUUCACAUACAAUAUACAUAAAGACAUAUUCUUAAAAGCCA